UUGAAAGAGCAGUGAAAACAGCAGCGUCCAGUCUUGUGUUCCUCAUUCUGUGUUUGUACGAGUCGCUUCAAUGAGAGUUACAAGCGCGCGCUCAUUUCACUCAGAGACUUUUCCUUUUAAAUGAGAGUUAACCACUAUUUCUGACAUUUGACAGGAAACAUGGGUUGUAAAAAAUCCAAGUUGGACGGUGACCGAAAUGGAGGUGUGCUUGAAGGGAACAAACAGCAGCCAGUACGUACUGACCAAACUGUAUAUGUGAGAGAUCCAACCUCCCAUAAGCCCAAUAUAAAUAAUCCGACUCCAGGCCUUUUGCCUGGUCAGGUGUUCCAAAAUAUGGAAGACAAGGACAAAAUAGCCAUUGCUUUGUAUCAAUAUGACGCCAUUCAUGCUGAUGAUCUGGGCUUUAAAAAAGGAGAGAAGUUAAAAAUUCUUGAAGAGCACGGAGAGUGGUGGAAGGCGAGGUCUUUGACCACAGGAAAGGAAGGAUAUAUUCCAUCAAACUAUGUUGCAGAAGCUGACACUAUGGAAACAGAAGCAUGGUUCUUCAAAGAUAUCACACGGAAGGAUGCAGAGAGGCAACUGCUGGCACCUGCUAACAAACCUGGGUCCUACCUCAUCCGGGAGAGUGAAACCUCAAAAGGAAGUUAUUCACUCUCAGUCAGAGACGUGGACGCUCAGAGGCAGGAUGUUGUUAAGCAUUAUAAAAUCAGAUCGCUGGAUAAUGGAGGCUACUACAUCUCUCCAAAAAUCACAUUCAGUGACAUCAGCAGCAUGAUAAAACAUUACCACAAACAGGCAGAUGGAUUGUGUCGAAAACUAGAGAAACCAUGUGAGAAGCCCAAAGCACAGAAACCUUGGGACAAAGAUGCAUGGGAAAUCUCUAAAGAAUCCAUAAAGAUGGUGAAGAAGCUCGGAGCAGGGCAGUUCGGAGAGGUGUGGAUGGCCUACUAUAAUAACAGCACAAAAGUGGCGGUGAAAACGCUGAAGCCGGGCACAAUGUCAGUGGAGGCUUUCCUAGAGGAGGCCAACCUGAUGAAAACCUUACAGCACGACAGACUCGUGCGACUCUACGCUGUCGUCACCAAAACUGAGCCCAUCUACAUCAUCACUGAGUUCAUGGCAAAUGGAAGCUUAUUGGAUUUCUUGAAAAGUCCGGCUGGCUGCAAAGUACAGUUACCGAAGCUGAUAGAUUUUUCGGCACAGAUAGCUGAAGGUAUGGCCUACAUUGAGAAGAAGAAUUAUAUCCACCGAGACCUGAGAGCAGCUAAUGUGCUGGUUUCAGACAGCCUGUUGUGUAAAAUAGCUGAUUUUGGCCUGGCCAGAGUAAUUGAGGAUGACCAAUACACAGCCAGAGAAGGAGCAAAAUUUCCCAUCAAAUGGACGGCACCCGAGGCCAUCAACUACGGUUCAUUCACCAUCAAAUCAGACAUGUGGUCCUUUGGGGUUCUCCUGUAUGAGAUUAUAACAUACGGGAAAAUUCCGUAUCCAGGCAUGAGUAACGGUGAAGUCAUGAACUCUGUUCAGAGAGGUUACCGGAUGCCCCGUCCUGAGAACUGUCCCACUGAACUUUAUGACAUCAUGACCACGUGCUGGAAGACUAAACCAGAAGACCGGCCCACGUUUGACUAUAUUCAGAGUGUACUAGAUGACUUCUACACAGCCACCGAGGGCCAGUACCAGCAGCAGCCAUGAGGACGCAAACUCAUCCGUCAUAUCUUUGUACUGUUUCAAGAUGAUCAAAAGAUCUAUGAAUCGAUGUUCUAAUAUGUAACUAAUAAUGGGAUCAAUCUGCUUACUUAUGUGUAAGCAAGGUUCAGAUUUUCUAUUUCUGCUUCAAAUUGAAGUUUGAACAGCCUGUUUUGCUCUUCACAUUCAGAUUUCAAUGGCUGCAUUUCAAUUUGUAAAUAAUUAUAUAUUUCAAAGUAGCCUACCAAAGUUUAAUUGUUAGUUUUACACAUCAAAAAAAAAAAAAAAAAAAAAAAAAAUUAAGCUAGGGCUUUGCAAACUGGAGUCUGGGAGCUACUUAUAGGGUCCGCAAAUAAAUUCAGAGCAAAUAAAAGAUUUUACUUUAAGGGCUGUCCAAGGAAGGAUAUUUAUUGUAAAUGGAGCUAAACCAAUACAUUUGAAUCAAAAUAAUGUUGUUGUUGUUUUUUUAUUUUUUUCAAAUGGAAUGAAACAUUUAUAAAUGACAUUAUAUCUCUGUCCAUGUGUUUUUGUAAGUGGGUGGGACCCUCGAAAAGGAUCAUCAUAGUCUGAAACCUCUGGUUUAAAUUAAAAUAGUUGGAUGACUAAAUGAAAUCCAGACACUGUAAACCACUGUUUGUUUGUUUGUUUUGCUUUUUAAUAAAAAAUAAUAACAUUUUAAUAACAAUAUUGAUAAUGCUACAAUAAUGAACAGUGACAGAGGGCAAUAUUUUGUAAUUAAGUAAAUUGCUCGGUCUUUGAUUAGCUAUGACUGAAAUGCUUUGUAUAUUUUAAAUAUUUUGUACAUUUGUACAUUAUCUAGAAACCUAAUAAAGUUAAUCUUUUGUGAUUGAUAACGCA